UAUUUUAACUUUAUUACGGUACUAAGACGACCUGGUACUUUUACCCUCGACACCGCGAUAGCGAAUAGCACACGGCCGCCGCUUACGCAUCGUCAUCCUGAAUCAUGUCUGAAAAGCUUUUUUAAUUUUAUUCAGUUUAAGUGGGUAAAGAAGAAAGUCUGAGACCCGGGUCGCGGGUGAAAUAAUAUAAUCAUGUCGCUCGCCUUGUUCCGGCGCGUGCACCACUUGAGCACGACCGCGUGGUCUCGAGCCGCACAACUUCCUCGUGUCGCUGAGAAGAAAUUCUACGCGAUUAAGGGUGAUGUUCUUGAGCAGGUGCUGCCCGCAUUCUGCGCAGUCGCAGGGGAGGAUGGUGUGUCGCUGGGCACUGCUGUCAGGGAGCAACAUGGGAGGGAUGAGUCUGUACACAGCUGUCGACCCCCAGACGUGGUGGUAUGGCCAAGGUCCGUGGAGGAGGUCAGCGCCCUAGCAAAGAUAUGCCACCGCCAUCGUCUGCCUAUCGUCCCCUUUGGUACCGGCACUGGUCUGGAGGGGGGAGUUGGAGCAGUGAAGGGGGGCGUGUGCUUCAGCCUCAGGAAGAUGGACCGGGUCCUGGAUCUUCACCAAGAGGACUUUGAUGUGACCGUGGAGCCGGGUGUCACCCGCAAAGCUUUAAACUCCUACCUGCGUGACACCGGCCUCUGGUUCCCUGUCGACCCAGGUGCGGACGCGUCCCUCUGCGGAAUGGCGGCCACCAGCGCGUCCGGCACAAACGCGGUGCGCUACGGCACCAUGCGCGAGAACGUGCUCAACCUGGAAGUAGUGCUGGCUGAUGGGACUGUGCUGCACACUGCAGGAGAGGGACGCCGUCCCAGGAAGACGUCAGCGGGGUACAACCUGACGAACUUGUUUGUGGGCUCCGAAGGCACCUUGGGGGUUCUCACCAAAGCGACGCUGAGGCUCUACGGGAUCCCCGAACUCAUGGUGUCGACCGUGUGCUCCUUCCCUUCGGUUCAGGCAGCUGUGGACAGCACUGUUCAAGUGCUGCAGGCCGGGAUCCCCAUUGCGCGCAUCGAGUUCCUGGAUGAUGUCAUGAUGGAUGCCUGUAACCGCUUCAGCGGUCUGUCCUAUGCGGUUUCCCCCACACUUUUCCUUGAGUUCCAUGGCUCUGAGAAGAGUCUGGAGGAACAGGUCACUAUCACAGAGGACAUUACCCGUGGGAAUGGCGGGUCGGACUUCAGCUGGGCGCAAGACGCAGAGACCCGCGGGCAGCUGUGGAAGGCGCGACAUGAUGCGUGGUAUGCCGCCCUGGCGCUACGGCCAGGCUGUAAGGCCUACGCCACAGACGUGUGCGUCCCUAUCUCCCUCCUGCCUCACAUUAUUGUGGAGACCAAAAAGGACCUGACGGAGAACCGCCUUACAGGACCGAUUGCAGGUCACGUUGGGGACGGGAACUUCCACUGCCUGAUGGUUUUGGACCCAGACGACCCGGACGAGGUGCAGAGGGUCCACCAGUUCACAGAGAGGCUGGCCAGGAGGGCACUAUCUUUGAAUGGGACGUGCACUGGAGAGCAUGGGGUGGGCUUGGGAAAGAGAGCCCUGCUACAGGAGGAAGUGGGACCCUUAGCCAUUGAUGUCAUGCGAAGACUGAAAGCUACCCUGGACCCUGAAAACCUCAUGAACCCCGGAAAGAUUCUGUAGAAGCAAUGAGU